AAAAAAACUUCUAAUAUUCAACAAAUCUUCUUCAACUUUCUUCUCCUUUUAUAAAAACUUCUGCAUCUUACUAAAAAAUCGGCAAGAAAUUAUGUUGUCAUCAAAGGUAACAUGCAACUCUCAUGGACAGGAUUCUUCGUACUUCCUGGGAUGGGAAGAGUAUGAGAAGAAUCCGUAUGACGAGUUUAAGAACCCGAACGGGAUCAUCCAAAUGGGCCUCGCCGAAAAUCAACUCUCUUUCGACCUUCUUGAAUCAUGGCUCAAGAAUAACCCACAGCCAGCAGCUUUCAAGAACCAUGAUAAUCAAUCUAUUUUCAAAGAACUUGCUCUCUUUCAAGAUUAUCAUGGUCUUCCUGCCUUCAAAAAUGCUCUAGUCAAGUUUAUGUCCGAGAUAAGAGGAAACACCGUUAGCUUCGAUGCGAACAACCUUGUACUCACCGCUGGUGCAACCUCUGCCAACGAAACGUUAAUGUUUUGUCUUGCUAAUCCCGGAGAUGCCUUUCUUAUUCCAACACCAUAUUACCCAGGGUUUGAUAGAGAUCUCAAGUGGAGAACUGGAGCUGAAAUAGUACCAAUUCAUUGUUCAAGCUAUAAUGGUUUCAGAAUUACCAAAUCUGCCCUUGAAGAAGCUUACAAAGAAGCUGAAAAACAAAACCUUAAAGUCAAGGGGGUCUUGGUCACAAACCCUUCGAACCCAUUAGGCACGUCACUAAGCUUGCAUGAACUCGACCUCCUCGUCAACUUUAUCUCCAUGAAAAAUAUCCACCUUAUUAGCGACGAGAUUUAUUCAGGUACUGUCUUUAGCUCUCCAAGCUACACUAGUAUCAUGGAGGUUCUAGAAAACAGAAACCUCAUGAACACCGAAAUCGCAAAAAGAGUCCACAUUGUGUAUAGCCUCUCAAAGGAUCUGGGACUCCCAGGUUUCCGCAUUGGAGCUAUUUACUCUAAUGACGAGCUUGUUGUGUCUGCUGCGACGAAAAUGUCUAGUUUUGGAUUAAUUUCGUCGCAGACACAACACCUUUUGUCAGAGAUCCUUUCUGACAAGAAGUUUACCAAGUCUUAUCUUUCCGAGAACCGUAGAAGGUUGAAGGAAAGACAUGAAAUGUUGGUAAAAGGGCUUCAAAAAACCGGAAUUCGAUGUCUUCAAAGCAACGCUGGUUUAUUUUGUUGGGUUGAUAUGCGACACCUUUUGAGCUCAAACACUUUCGAAGGCGAAAUGGAGUUGUGGAAGAAGAUUGUUUAUGAAGUUGGGUUGAACAUUUCACCCGGUUCAUCGUGUCAUUGCAGUGAACCGGGUUGGUUUAGGGUUUGCUUCGCGAACAUGUCUGAAGAAACCCUAAAUGUUGCCAUGCAACGUGUGCAAUCUUUCGCGGAUUGCAUGGCUAAGAAAAACAUCCAAAGUCGUCACCAACAGUUAUUGCAAAGAAAUUCAAGAAGAUCAAAGUCUCUACCCAAAUGGGUUUUUGAACUAUCGUUUCAUCAACGGGAAAUUACCGCAGAUGAACGUUAGUGGAGUGACAUUUGAUCAACCGAUCAGCAUAUAUAAUAUACUUUUGUUAUACAUUUUUUUUCAGUAUACUUCAUGUAUAUUGAAGCUUUUUUUUAUACUUCUUUAUGAUUUCGUGGCAUUUUUAUCUUGAAGAGAGUGCACUCAAUCCUUGUGGAUUAGAAGUGGCAUAUGUUAAUUUCUCCCUUUGUAAACUCACUGAGUAAAUUUAAUGUAACUUAAUUUCUUAAUUGUUCUUAAGAAAUUUUCUUAUUC